AUGUCUGUCGUUGAUAUUCCUGAAAAACAAAAAACAUUACAACAACCACUACAACCACAACAACCACUACAACCACAGCAGCCACAGCAGCCACAACAAUCACAACAACCACAGCAGCCACAACAACCACAACAAUCACAGCAGCCACAACAACCACAGCAGCCACAACAAUCACAACAACCACAGCAGCCACAACAAUCACAACAACCACAGCAGCCACAACAAUCACAACAACCACAGCAGCCACAACAACCACAACAACCACAGCAGCCACAACAAUUACAACUGCAACAAAGACAACCACAACAACUACAAUUAGUUACAGGAUGCGCCGACCUGCACCCAGCCAGCCACCAAUUGGAAGGCGCCAAAAUUAUCAGAGCCGGUAACAGACUGACAGCUGUUUGUAACGAAACCGGUCAAACUUACUACAUGGUAUGCCGGGAGAGAAAGUGGUUUGGCGUCACUGGUAGCUGCAGCGGCAACAGUGGCGAUGGUGGUAAUGGUGGCGACGUUUCUGGUAAAGUGGUGAAAGGUUUGAUUGGUGGUGGAAGGGGUGGUCUGUUAUUCUCUGAAGAUGACGGGGCGGUGCUAGCGGUCAUCAUUGGAGUUCUUGUCGGUAUGCUAAUUGGUGGAAUGCUACUCUGCCUCAUCAUCUUCGUCAAGAAGAGCGAUAGUAAUAGCUGUAACGCUAGUAGUAAAGAUACUACCGGUUGUCCUUUCACAUCGGACAACGAGGUAACUAAGUUGAGAAAAUUCUUGCCAAAGAAACAAGUGGCUAGCGGUUAUGACGAUUUCAGUGAUGUAAACUUCACUAAUUAUGAUAAUAAUUAUCACCAUGGUGAUGUGGAAGAUGGGGAUGAUUUAGUCCGCCCAAAACAUCAACCACCAAUUAUAUUACCGAAACCAGAUAUAACCGACAUCAAAAAGAACCGAUUUGUACUAACCGAUUUGACGAAAGAUAUCGGUUACGGUGGUACCAAGCACAUCUCUGUUUUCAAUAGCAACGCUGACGUCAUUACAGGUGAAAACGAUUUUGGCGGAAAAUUCGAAAAGUUUAAUUGUUGUACAUGCGUUGAUUGCGUCAGCGAGGUGCAGCAACAAUUGCUGCUCUUGAAGGAGACAUGUUGUUGCUGCAACUGUUGCGCAACGGCGAGCGACAAUGUUGCAGAGGAUGCAUCAUUGUCUAGCAACAAAGUUAAUUAUCAUCUGAACGCCGGCAGCAACAACAACAACAACAUCAACAACAACAUCAACAACAUCAACACCAACAACAACAUCAUCAACAACAACAACAAAUCAACAAUAGAGACAACAACGCCAAAUUUGACACACGAUACCAACAAUAUUGACGGGCCGGUAAAAAAUUCACAACUACCUUUUCGCUGCGACAGCCACACAUCAUCCUCGCCUGCUAAACCGCUCAGACAACUACACAAACGACAACAAUUACAACAAAAUUCACAACAACAACAGCAACAACAAAACUUUCAACAACAUCAACAGCGUGUUGAUCUUCUACUGCCCGUCUUGACAUCAACAAAGAGUUUUGUAGAAAUGAGCAAUAUAAACCCCAACAACGUCCAAAACAUCAACAAAAACAUCAGCCCCAGCUACAACAACAACUUAACUUUUUCAACUUUUAAAAGUAGCAACCCUACAAACUCAGCCAACAGUAGAGAAUCAUGGACGUCACACACAGCACAACAACAACAACAACAAAACGCUCCUCUCCAACAAAACUCACCAAGAAACCGCACAGUAACAUGCCCGCACUACGACAACAAAAACAAAAGCAACUAUGACGUAACUUCCGAUCAAAAGUCACGUGUCGUAGUUGUACUUCCGUUAUCUUCCAUGAAUGUAGAUGUGUCGGCGCUACCGGAAAAACCGGCUAAAUAUCCGUUUCUGGCCAGUGAUCCUCUGCUAAGUUAG